UUCGUAUUUUUAUUUCAGCACCUCCCUUUCGUCUUCCUAGUUCUUACCAUCUCUUCGAAGCGAUUCCCGACCCUGUAGUUGCAGAGCAAACCCUAGAGUCCAGCCGAAGGUCGUCCGAUCAAUUUCGAGUGGAUUUCGGCUAUCUCGAGCCGAACAUGUCGUCUCUGAGCAGAGAAUUGGUGUUCCUGAUUCUGCAAUUUCUCGAUGAAGAGAAAUUCAAGGAAUCCGUCCACAAGUUGGAGCAAGAAUCAGGACUUUUCUUCAACAUGAAGUACUUUGAAGAGAAAGUUUUGGCUGGCGAGUGGGAAGAGGUUGAGAUAUACCUUUCUGGAUUUACCAAACUCGACGAUAACCGGUACUCCAUGAAGAUAUACUUCGAGAUCAGAAAGCAGAAGUAUCUGGAAGCUCUGGACAGGCAUGAUAGAGCUAAAGCUGUUGACAUAUUAGUGCAGGAUUUAAAAGUUUUUUCAGCAUUCAAUGAAGAAUUAUACAAAGAAAUUACACUACUUCUAACUCUUGAGAACUUCAGGGAAAAUGAGCAGUUAUCAAAGUAUGGAGACACUAAAACAGCUAGGAGCAUGAUGCUUGCGGAGCUUAAGAAAUUAUUUGAAGCAAAUCCAUUAUUUCGUGAGAAGCUUGUUUUCCCCACUUUCAAGGCAUCACGUCUCCGUAAUUUGAUCAAUCAAAGUUUGAACUGGCAGCACCAACUGUGUAAGAACCCGAAGCCAAAUCCAGAUAUCAAGACGUUAUUCACAGAUCAUACAUGUUCAUCCCCAAAUGGAGCUCGUGUGCCCAGUCCUGUUACGCUUCCAAUUGCAGCAGUAUCAAAACCUGCUGUUUAUGGUCUACCUGGAGCACUUAGCGGGCCCUUUCAAACAGUUGCAGGCACACCUAGUGCUAAUGCUUUAGCUGGCUGGCUGGCAAAUGCAAAUGCUUCCUCAAGUGUUCAGACAGCUUUAAUUGCUGCUUCAGCAUUAUCUGUUCAACCAAAUCAAGCUUCUACUUUGAAACAAGCAAGGACACCUUCCCCUGGCCUACAAAUAAUUGACUAUCAAUCUAAUGGUCAAGAACAAUUAAUGAAACGUUUGCAUUCUGCCCAAUCAGUUGAAGAGGUCAGCUGUCCUGCAAAUUCUCAGCAAUCUUUAUGGUCACUUGACAACUUACCAAGAAAUGUAGCUCGUACAAUACAUCAGGGAUCCACUGUGACAAGCAUGGAUUUCCAUCCUUUUCAUCACACCUUACUUAUUGUUGGUUGUGCCAAUGGUGAAAUUGCACUCUGGGAAGUAGUCUUGCAAGAGAGGCUGCUAUAUAUGCCAUUCAAGAUUUGGAAUGUGGUAACCCAUUCUGUGGCUCAGGCUACUGUUUCUAAAGAUCUGUCUGUCUCUGUCAAUCGUGUAGCAUGGAGUCCAGAAGGAAGUUUCAUAGGCAUUGCAUUUUCAAAACAUCUGAUUCACUUGUAUGCUCAUCAAGCACCUCAUACCUUACGCCAGCAUAUAGAGAUUGAAGCUCAUGCCGGAGGAGUAAAUGAUCUAGCAUUCUCUUCUCCAUACAAACAACUUUGUGUUGUAACAUGUGGAGAUGAUAAGUUAAUAAAGGUUUGGACUUUGACUGGAAGAAAGCUCUAUGUCUUUGAAGGCCAUGCGGCACCUGUUUACUCUGUUUGUCCUCACCUAAAGGAAAAUAUUCAUUUCAUAUUCUCAACUGAUAUUGAUGGGAAAAUCAAGGCUUGGUUGUAUGACAAUGCGGGCUCCAGGGUUGACUAUGAUGCUCCAGGGCAGGGAUGCACCACUAUGCUCUACAGUACGGAUGGAAGCAGAUUGUUCUCCUGCGGCACAAAUAAAGAAGGGGAUUCUUUCCUAGUUGAAUGGAAUGAAAGUGAAGGUUCUAUAAAGCGGACAUAUUCUGGGUUUAGGAAGAAAGCAGCUGGUGUUGUGAAAGUUGACACGACACAAAAUCAGUUUUUGGCUGCUGGUGAGGAUAACCAGAUAAAAUUUUGGGAUAUGGAUAACACAAGCAUGCUUGCCAGUACAGAUGCUGAGGGUGAACUUCUGAGUUUUCCAUACUUGAAAUUCAACAAAGAAGGAAAUUUGCUUGCUGUUACAGCAGAGAAUGGAUUUAAGAUUCUUGCUAAUGCUGAAGGUCUGAGAUAUUUAAAAGCAUCUGAAAGACGAUCUUAUGAAAUUUCCAGAGCUCCUGCUGAUCCUUCUUUAAUGAAGAGCGGAAUUGAUGUUAUUGCUAGAAGCACGGAGAAUUCAAGAGCUUUGGAGGAUGUAUCUGAUAAAACUAAAUCUUGGGUACUGGCUGAAAUUGUAGAUCCUGUUCAGUGUCAGUCAGUUUCUAUGCCAGAUAGUGGAGAUCAAGGAAUCAAGGUUUCUCGACUUGUUUAUACAAAUUUGGGCACUGGCAUUCUGGCCCUUGGAUCAAAUGGGGUUCAGAAGCUAUGGAAAUGGAGUAGUAGUGAGCACAAUCCAAGAGGAAAGGCCACCGCUGGUGUUGUUCCACAACAUUGGCAACCAAACAGUGGUCUUCGUAUGAUUAAUGAUGUCCCAGACAGUUCUGAAGAGAAGUUUCCAUGCUUGGCACUCUCAAAGAAUGAUUCAUAUGUGAUGUCUGCCUGUGGAGGAAAAAUUUCUUUAUUCAAUAUGAUGACUUUUAAGGUUAUGACAACAUUUAUGCCACCUCCGCCAGUUUCAACCUUUCUAGCAUUUCAUCCUCAAGAUAAUAAUAUCAUUGCCAUUGGAAUGGAAGAUUCAACUGUCCACAUUUAUAACGUUAGGGUGGAUGAGGUUAAAACAAAAUUGAAAGGCCAUGAGAAGCGCAUUACUAGUUUAGCAUUUUCUACCAAACUCAACAUUCUGGUUUCUGCUGGUACUGAUGCUAAGCUUUGCUUUUGGAACACUGAUACAUGGGACAAGAGGGAAUCAAUUAAAGUUCAACUGCCUGCUGGAAAAGAAGCCAGCGGUGAUACUAGAGUGCAAUUCCACUUUGAUCAAUUACACCUCCUGGUAUCCCAUGAAACACAAAUAGCAGUAUAUGAUGCUUCCAAGAUGGUUCCAAUUCGGCAGUGGGUGCCACAAGAUGGUUUGACUGCGCCCAUAACUCAUGCAGCAUACUCUUGUGACAGUCAACUAGUUUAUGCUGCUUUUACAGACGGCAAUAUUGGAGUAUUUGAUGCUGAAUAUCUAAGGUUAAGAUGUCGCAUGGCGCCAUCAGCAUACUUAUCUCAGACACAGUUGAAGGGCCACAAUGUGUACCCUCUUGUUGUCGCUGCACACCCGGACGAGCCAAAUCAAUUUGCAGUAGGUCUAACUGAUGGAACAGUGCAAGUUCUUGAGCCUUCAGCAUCUGAAGGGAAAUGGGGUAUCAAAGCACCUGCUAAUCCCGGAACACAGAGCGGCAGGACUAUGGCGUCUUCUGCAACUAGCAAUCCCUCUAAUUAGAUGAUCCAAAGAUGGCAAUCUGUCAAGUAGGUGGUUGAUCCAUAAUCCGUAGGCAACAAACAUCUAUUCUGCUAGGGGUAAAGCAAAUCAGGAACGUGUAUAUAUGCUAUGGUUUUCAUUUGAAAUAUUUUGGAAGACUUUCUUGAAAUGAUCCCCUUUGUGAGGGGAAAGAAUUGGGAGACUUAUGUACUUGCCCUUUGGUUAUUCCUAAUAGCCAAAAUAUCUGAGUCAUCAAGUAUUCUGAAA